AUGCACUCCCUUUCUAUUCUCGCGCUGGGCCUCAGCCUCUCCAACAUCUGCUCAGCAGCACCUCAAGGUCUUUCCCUCCCAAGCUUCUCCCUUCCAAGCUUCUCCAUACCAAGUCUAGCACUCCCGAGUCUAGCACUCCCAAGUCUGGGGUCAGGAGGCUUAGGCUCAGGCUCAGGUCUCAGCUCAGGUCUCGCACUUCCAACAGCACUCCCAAGUCUGGGUUCAGGUCUCGGAGGCUUAGCCUCGGGCUCAGGCUUCGCCCUCCCAACAGCAGCAUCCAUCUCGACCCCAACAGUCCCAACCGGCUUUGUCAAAAGACAAUCAGCCACAGGCGCCUGCGCAACUGGUAUACACAUGAUCGUGGCCCGAGGAAGCACGGAAGCAGCAGGCCAAGGACUCAUCGGGCAGGUGGCAACAGCAGUACAGAACGCCGUCCCAGGUUCCGACUCGGAAGCCGUCGACUAUCCUGCUUCCCUUACCGAUUACCUAGGUUCCGAGGCGUCGGGCGUGGCUGAUAUGACUAAGUUGAUCCAGGCGUACGCGGCCAAGUGCCCGGAUUCGAAGAUUGGGCUUUUGGGUUACUCUCAGGGUGGUCAAAUCGUAGGAGACGUCUUGUGCGGGACUAGUGAGGUUGGCUUGACUGCCUCUUCAGCGAUCGACGCUUCCCUCUUGUCGAAAGUCGUUGCAGCCGUACAAUACGGAGACCCCAGCCACGUCGUCGGCCAGCCGCAGAACGUCGGUACCAGCACACAUAACGGAAUCCUCCCGAGAGGCAAAGCCUGUGGGGCUAUCACGUCUGUCAUGAAGAGUUUCUGUACUUCCGGUGACCCGUUCUGUGAUAGUGGAUCAGAUAUUGCUGUUCAUUUAGGAUACUUUACGGCAAAUGAUGCAGCGGCAGCGUCGUUCAUUGAGAGUCAGGUGAAUGGAGUGAAUGCGACAGCAUAG